AUGUCCAUCAAGCGUGACUCUCGCCACAAGCGUUCCGCUUCGGGUGCCCGCAGGGCUCACUACCGCAAGGCUCGCAAGUUCGAGCUCGGUCGCCAGCCCGCCAUGACCAAGCUCGACUCGUCGAAGCGUGUCCACUCCGUCCGCACUCGCGGUGGCAACGUCAAGUACCGUGCCCUCCGUCUCGACACCGGCAACUUCGCCUGGGGCUCGGAGCACGUUACCCGCAAGACCCGUCUCCUCCAGGUCCGCUACAACGCCACCAACAACGAGCUUCUCCGUACCCAGACCCUCGUCAAGUCGGCCGUCGUUGAGGUUGACGCCACCCCCUUCCGUCAGUGGUACGAGGCCCACUACGCCCAGGCUGUUGUCGGCACCAAGGUCGCCGCCACCGAGGCCGCCACCGAGGAGGUCAAGAAGUCGAACCACGUCCAGCGUGUCCUUGCCGAGCGCAAGAAGGACGCCAAGAUCGACGCCCACCUCGCCCAGCAGUUCAAGGCCGGUCGUCUCCUCGCCAUCAUCACCUCGCGCCCCGGCCAGUCCGGCCGCGCUGACGGCUACAUCCUCGAGGGCAAGGAGCUCGACUUCUACCUGAAGAAGCUCCAGACCCGCAAGCAGAAGCACGCCGCCUAA